GUGAACCAGGAGCCCGGAAGGCUGAGCUUGAGCGGAGAGCGCUACCUUCUUGGAGGAGGCGAAUUUGUAUACCGGCCGCGGCAAGAGCAGCGACGCCUGGUUGGCAGCGUGCGGCGGGGACCCUCCGCGAGGCUGGCUCGUGUUUUCCCCCGCGCCUCAGGAAUAACAGCGCCAUUGUCGCCCCCAUGCCGGCUCUGCUCCGCUGGGAGAAACGGGGCUCCCUCUCCGCCGGCUGCCUCCCGGGGAGGUCCCGUCUUCUUCUCCUUUCCGCUCGCGGGGAGAAGGUAAGAAGCAACUUUUGACUCCCGCUCCGUCUGCUGCGAAUGGCCUCUUGAGGGGUCCCUCCCGCCUCGGCUGGACUUUUUAGGAAAUCUGGGGAGCCAAGGAAGGAAGGAAGGAAGGAGAGACCAGGUCGCCCCGCGGGUCUGCUAUGACUGAAACGGAGGCGGGGGGCCUUAUGGAAGCUGAGCGAAGCCGCUUCUCCUGCUCCUGAUCGGAAUCGAGCGUUUCUGUGGCUUCCGGUGCCUGCAGGAAGGAUCAGCCCCGCUGGAAACAGGUGCGGGAUCUCCUCUUCUUCGCAGGGUGUGUCUUAAGGUCAGUCGAUGAUCAAGCUGCGUUAAUGUUUAAGCUGAAGUGCCCGUACCCAGAACAAGGGGAAUUCGCUUCCCUGGCCCACGUGCCCUCUUUUCAGCUGGAGAACAGCUACCUACAGCACAUGGAUGGCAAUGGGAGCUUGAAUGGAAGUGAUGGCGGGCAGAAAGAGGGCCUUCCUUACCCCUUGCCCACUACCUUAGCCCUCAUCUUCCUGGCCACGCUGCUCAUGCUCGUCACCAUCUUUGGCAACGUAUUAGUCAUCAUUGCUGUCUUCACCAGCCGGGUGCUCAAGGCCCCUCAGAACCUCUUUUUGGUUUCCUUGGCCUCAGCAGACAUCCUGGUGGCAACCCUGGUCAUCCCCUUUUCUCUUGCCAAUGAGGUAAUGGCCCAAUGGUAUUUUGGCAAGGUAUGGUGUGAAAUCUACCUGGCUUUGGAUGUACUCUUCUGCACCUCUUCCAUUGUGCAUCUCUGUGCCAUCAGCUUGGAUCGCUACUGGUCCAUUACACAGGCCAUUGAGUACAACCUCAAGCGCACGCCACGCCGCAUCAAAAGCAUCAUCUUCCUGGUUUGGGUCAUCUCAGCUGUCAUCUCUUUCCCACCACUCAUCUCCAUUAUGAAGCAGGGUGAACCUGAGAGUCAGCACCAUGAACAAGCAGAGUUGAAACCUGAGAACAAGUUGCCCAGCUGCAGUAUCAACAAAGAGACCUGGUACAUCAUCUCUUCCAGCAUUGGCUCCUUCUUUGCUCCCUGCCUUAUCAUGAUCCUGGUCUAUGUCCGCAUCUACCAGAUUGCAAAAAGGAGGACUCGUGUGCCUCCCAACAAGCGAAGGGAGACCAUGGAGAGGAGACAGAAUGGGUUGGCUGACAAAGAGGACAUGCCUGCAAUAACCAAGCUCAAUGGGGAGAAGACAGUGUUGGCAGGAGGAAGCCAGGAAGCAGAAGUCAACGGUAUAGACCUGGAGGACACUUCUUCUUCAGAGCACAAUGAGACUCCUCAGCCUAGGAAAGCAGAGAGGCUACCCAGAAAUAAGGGCAAAGCCAAACUCUGCCAGAUUAAGCCUGGGGACAAUUUGCCUAGUCGAGUAGAAGAGGAUAGGAAUGCCAAAGCUUCGCGAUGGAGGGGCAGACAGAACCGAGAGAAGCGCUUCACCUUCGUGCUUGCAGUAGUGAUUGGAGUUUUUGUUAUCUGCUGGUUUCCUUUCUUCUUCACUUACACAUUGACUGCUGUUUGUAAGAGCUGCCAUGUUCCUGAUACCCUCUUCAAAUUCUUCUUCUGGUUUGGUUAUUGCAAUAGUUCUCUGAAUCCUGUCAUUUACACUAUCUUCAACCAUGACUUUAGGAGGUCCUUUAAAAAGAUUCUCUGCAGAAUAGACCGGAAAAGAAUUGGGUGAAGCGGGGAUCUGUUUGCAAGGCAAGUCUUAGGUUCAGUUCUGGCUGGAUAUUGGAAGUGGGUGGCACCUUGUCUGAUUACUGAGUGUUGACUCUUCAAAGGCUUCAGGUGAGAUAAAAUGAUUAAAAUAUUAGUGCACAACCAGAACCCAAGUGGAUAUGUGCCCAGGGAUGGAUCAAAAGACUUAUUUUUAGUGUGUUCUUUCUAUAUAUUUCAGCACAUUGAAAUGAACAAAUGAGGGUGGGAAAGGGAAAUGUAAGUCAUAUCUUUCAGAAGCACUUUCUUUCUAUUUUCCCCUCUAAUGUCCCUGACGUUGUUACGGUACUGCAUCUUUGAGAUCUGUGCAUCUUUAACUUUUGUAGGAGAAAUCAGCUUUAAACUGUUUUAAAUAUUUCCUGAGGACAUUUAUUCUAUAUGAAAAAUAAAACAAAGAUAACACAUUUGAGUGGACCCCUGCUGCCAUCUCAUCAAUUUAAAAAUAUUAUAGUAUUAAAUUCCAAAAUUUCCAAUAUCGUUCUGGAUAUUGGGAUAUAACAACUGGUAACAUAAGCUUUGACACAAUGGCCAGUGUUCUAUUGUACUCACUAUCUGUAUUUGUUUUUCAAAAAAUCAUGUUUGUUGUCUUUUUUAAUGCAGUAUUGUUAAAAGGCUAUAUCUCUUAUUUUGUAUCAAUUGAGGGAAUCAAAUAUGAAGGAUUUCAUAUUUAGGAAAGGAGCUGUCAAAAAAGACCAUGAGCUCCUUUCUAAGACUUCAAAGGGUUAAGAUAAAGCAUUCCUUCUUUGUGAUCCUUGCACUGAUAUAUGUUCAGUGCUAACUUCCUUCCUUCUGUAGCUGUAAAUAGAUACCAUAGAUGAAACCGUUUGGUUUUACUUUACAGUGUUAUUUGAUUUACACUGAUUUUUUAUCUUUUCAUUUGUGCUAGCUCUCCUGUGAAACUCUUUUCAUGUACAAGUUCAUUUUUACCUAAUAUAAAACUAUACAAAUCUCUCAUUUUAUUCUUCCAACUUGAAAAUUGGACUAUAGAACUCUUUUGGUUGGUCAUAAAGUGAAUGUUAUACAUGGGUAUAAAGAAGAAAGAAUGAAUGGUAUAGUUGUAACAUGUAAACAUUCAUGGUGGCAUAGGACAAAAAUACCUUUGUUAACUAUCUUCCUUGUUUGUUUUCCCAGAAACAUCUAUUGCAAAUUAACUUUCUCAUCCCAUCAAAUAAAUAUACUGAAUAUUAUUAAAAGGGAAGGUAUUUUAUCAUCAUUUUAACAUCAGAAUUUUGUUUUCAGUAUUAUGACAGCAUUUUCAUUUAAAUUAACAAUCUGAUCCGAGUACUUUGUAGAGGAUGGUGCUGGAAAAGCUCCUCCUUUUAAAGCUGUGAAGUUGAUACAUUCUUGCUUUAUGGCCAAGUUUUUAUUUGGAUGAUAGGGCCUUUUUUUUUUUAAAUACCACCCUACCCUGUAGAACACCAUGGAUGCCCCUAUCUUCAGACUUGUAUGCCUUCAGUUUAUAAGGAUACAUAUCCAAUCUCUUAAAUAAAAAAAUAUGAAUUUUACACUCCUGUUCAGUCUAGCAAAACUAGAGUGCUAAUAGAGGAAAAAGGACAUAACUCAUUAGCAACAAAAAUGUUACUUGUCUAAAAGCUCAUUUUUUUAAAAAAAGUUGAAGAGCUCAUUACAAAUGUUUGCAUAAAGUGUUUUUAACCCAGACUUUACAAUUUCUUUCUUUUUUUUAAGACCCAUUUUCCAAUGCAAGGAAAUUCCUAUUCUUUAUAUGGAGUUGUUUCUAAAAUGCGCAUUAGUAUCCAAGGGCUCAAACAAUGGGGUGUGAUGGGGACAUGGGAAUGAAUACACCAGCACACAGUCAAAAAUAAUGCUGCCGUUAUAAGUCUGUUGCAAAGGUAUUGCAGUUUAGCAGUAUUGAGACCAGUCCUUAUAUAUGAAUCAGGCUGCUGGGUCAAUAUUCAGUUUUUCCUUGCAUUCAAUUUAAAAUGAGAGAGCACUCUGUCACUUUUUCCCUGUUGCAGUAAAACAAGAUAAUAAAUAAAUGUGAAAAACCUGUGUGACUUCCCCUAUUUGUUAUAAUUAACAUUUGAAAUGUCGGAAUCUUUAUAUCCACUGCUUAUCAGAAAAUCAAGAGAAAUAGAUAAAAGUUUUACUUUUUGAUGGAGGCAAUCUGUCUGCAUGUGUUGUAUCUUGUAUGUCCCCAGUUUUAUGUUUUUCUGCAGUAUUUGGACUGACACUUCCAGAGUUGGUCAUGGAAGCUGGGAGUUCCAGGAGAGAUAAUCUAACACAUUUGGGGACACCAGUGUGGGGAAGGCUGCUGUAUCUCUAAUGCCUUGAAGGAGCAGAACAAGAGAUUUCAGUUAGAGACACAUUAUGUCACCAUAGCCCAUUUAUGUGGCUUUUCAGCCUGACAGAUUGGCCCUAUGGUUUGUGACAAGGAAUUGAACUGCUAAACUAGCUUAUGCAGUAAUUAGGUUUCAGUGAUCCAAAGCAAUUCAUUUACAUAGGAAAUUGUGUAUCAUGUUUUCCAGACCAUAAUACCUUUCCAAUGGUCUCCCCAUAAUAGGAAGGAGAAUCUUUUGAAAUGGCUUCCUUAUGAUAUGAAAAGAAUAGCUUAAAGCUCAGGCCAGAGGGCGAGGCCAGAAUCAAUGGAUUAAAACUAUAAGGAACUAGGUUCAGGUUUGAUGUCAGGAGGAACUUCCUCAUUAUAUGAGCAGUCAACCAGUGGAGUAAAAUGCCACAGAAAGUGGUAAGAUGUAGGGGAUAAAUAGGAUGGCCUUGAAGGGCAAAAUGAAGUUCCUCAGAUAAAUGAAACCUGAGCCCAGGCUAAGAAAGUAAUUUGAGAAGAUGCCUCAGACAGUCCCCCACCCCAGCUAUUUCUCAUCAAGAUAAAAGAGGGAGGUAGCACAUUCAGACUUGAAACAUUCUGUUUCUAUAGCUAUUCUAAUAAAAGUAGUUUAGAUCUACACGGUGUCUGCUUCUUAGUCUGUUCUACCUGACAGGGCUGACAUCAGUUCUUCUUUGCCAAAAGUCUUCAAAUGGGUUGGAUGGUGUUCUGUCAGAGAUGUUCUAGUGGAUCAUGUACUCAGCAGAGUGUUGGAUUAGGUGACCUGCUUAGAUGACUCUUUGAACACUUGAGGUUUUAUGAUAAUGCACAAAUCCAGAGAAAAUGAAAUACAGUUAAAUCUUAUUUAGCCAGCAUUGUCAAUGAAAUUCCUUGUUCACAUACUGAGCUCUCAGGCAGAAAAACUGCUUCUCUACUGCCAGCACUGGAGUGACUCUUUCACUCAGAUAGAUGGUUUCUUUUUCUUUUUCUUUUUUGAAAUGAAUGAGAUUGGCUGUCUCUAGCAACUCAGCAGAGAGAAAACCAGAGAGCCUUCUUAUUGUCUGAAAAGUGACUUAAGGUGGAAUAAACUGUAAAUUUUAGCCAAUUGCUCUGGAAUAGCACAAAGGAAAAAUUAAUUGGCUUUGCAAAAACAUCUUGGCUUGAGAAAUGUGGGCUGAAUAUUUUUAGGGUUCCGGUAUUAAAUGUACUGUAUGAAACAAGCAAACAAAUGCCUUACAAUGGAAAAAUAAAAUGGUUCCUGGAAUGUCUUUCUAAAUCAAAGUUGUAUCUGAUAUAACAACCCCUGAAUACCAUGCCAUUUGACCUUUUUAAGAAAAUGUAACAUGUAUACAGAAAUAGCCAUAAUGGAUUUUUAAAUAAAUGAA